CAAUGCCUCCUUGUCUGGUGUAGGUUUGCAGCAGGGGCCAGGGCCAAGAAGGUACACUGUGCCUUCUCAGAGAGGGCGAGAUGGUGGAUGAAGCUUAGGACCAUACUAAAGAUCUGACCUGGACUUAAGAAGACCAAGGAUUUGCUAAACUAGGAAUCAUUUCAGGUUUUGGCUCUUUUUUUUGUGGGAAUUGAGAAGAUUUCACAUUUAGGAGAUCCAAAAUGGAGUCAGGAGGUGGCGGUGGUGGUGGGGUGGCAGCUUUGGCCUCGUUCAUCAUGAAUGAAGAAGAACUCAAGAGAAAGCAAAGGGAGAAACUCAAGAAACUGCAGGCCACAGGAGGAAACCCUCGACCUCCACGUUCCUUGUUCUUCUUCACGCUCAAAAACCCUUUCCGGAAGACCUGCAUCAACAUUGUGGAAUGGAAACCCUUUGAAAUCAUUAUCCUGCUAACUAUCUUCGCUAACUGUAUAGCUCUGGCUGUGUUUCUUCCCAUGCCCGAAGAGGACAUCAACAACACCAACUUAACAUUGGAGAGUCUGGAGUACAUCUUCCUGCUCAUUUUCACUCUUGAGUGCUUCCUAAAGAUUGUAGCGUAUGGCCUCCUGUUCCAUGAGGGAGCCUAUUUACGAAAUUGUUGGAACAUGUUAGACUUUGUCAUUGUGUUCAUGGGGCUCUUCACACUUGGUGUGGACACCAUCAACACAAUAGCAGGAGUUCCCAAAGAGAAAGGAGGAGGGUUUGAUAUGAAGGCUCUUAGAGCAUUUCGAGUCUUGCGACCACUGCGGCUCGUAUCGGGAGUUCCCAGCCUCCAGGUGGUAAUGAGCUCUAUUCUGAAGUCCAUGUUGCCCCUCUUCCACAUUGCAUUGCUGGUCUUCUUCAUGGUCACCAUUUAUGCCAUUAUGGGUUUGGAGCUGUUCAAGUGUAAAAUGCACAAGACAUGUUACUACCAGGGCACUAAUAUCAUUGCCAUCAGGGAGAAUGAGAAGCCAUCGCCAUGUGCUCAGGCUGGACACGGGCGCCGCUGCACCAUCAAUGGCACUGAAUGUCGGGCAGGUUGGCCUGGUCCCAAUUUUGGCAUCACCCAUUUUGACAACUUUGGCUUUGCCAUGCUCACAGUCUUUCAGAGUAUCACAAUGGAGAGCUGGACUGAUGUGCUCUACUGGAUUCAUGAUGCCAUGGGGAAUGACUGGCCCUGGAUCUACUUCUUGACUCUGAUGCUUCUGGGCUCCUUCUUCAUCCUGAACCUCGUCCUUGGAGUACUGAGCGGGGAGUUUACUAAGGAAAGGGAGAAGUCACGGUCACGAGGAGAGUACCAAAAGCUACGAGAGCGACAACAAAUGGAUGAGGAUCUGGAAGGUUACAUGGAAUGGAUCACUCAUGCUGAAGUUAUGGAUGGAGAUUAUGAGGCACUUCUUCUUCUUAGAAAGAACACUGAUUCAGAGACAGACAGUUUGUACAAGAUGGAGGGGAUCAACAGGGUGAUCUAUUUCUACCGUCUCGCACGCCGCUGGAACAUUGUUUUACGAAGGAAGUGUCAUGUUUGGGUCAAAUCUAAAUUCUUCAACUGGUGGGUUCUCCUUGUUGUGUUACUCAACACUCUGGUCAUUGCGACGGAGCAUCAUAACCAGACUGAGGGGUUAACAAGUUUUCAAGACACUGCCAAUAUAAUCCUGCUCGCCUGUUUCACGAUUGAGAUGGUUAUGAAAAUGUAUGCGUUUGGUCUGAGAGCCUACUUUAUGUCCAUCUUCAACCGAUUUGACUGCUUUGUGGUCACGAUCGGAAUACUGGAGAUCAUCCUGGUUGUGUCAAACAUCAUGACACCACUGGGGAUCUCUGUGAUGAGGUGUAUACGUCUCCUACGCUUAUUCAAGAUCACAAGGUACUUUCAUUUAUUUAAAUCUCAUUUGAAAGAGAAAGCAGAGGAGAAAGCCCGAAGGAAACUCAUGAGAACAUUGCCAGAGAAAAGUGAGGAGGAGAAGGCCCUGAUGGCUAAGAGACUAAUGGAGUCCAGGUCAAAAGCUGAGGGAAUGCCCACCACAGCAAAGCUCAAGAUAGAUGAGUUUGAAUCAAAUGUUAAUGAAGUGAAAGACCCCUUCCCUCCUGCAGACUUUCCAGGUGAUGAUGAGGAAGAGGAACCAGAGAUCCCAAUCAGCCCCAGACCCAGACCCAUGGCCGACCUGCAGCUCAAGGAGACAGUGGUUCCCAUGCCUGAGGCCAGCUCCUUCUUCAUCUUUGGCCCACAGAACAAGUUCCGGAAGCUUUGCCACAGGAUCAUCAACCACACGACCUUCACCAACAUCAUCCUCCUCUUCAUCCUCCUCAGCAGUAUCUCCCUGGCUGCUGAAGACCCCAUCGACCCCCAUUCAUUCCGAAACAAGGUCUUGGCCUAUGCCGAUAUUGUCUUUACGACUGUCUUCACCAUUGAAAUUGUGCUGAAGAUGACGGUUUAUGGAGCGUUCCUGCAUACUGGCUCUUUCUGCCGAAACUCCUUCAACAUUUUGGAUCUCAUUGUUGUGGGUGUUUCCCUCUUGUCCAUGGGCAUGGAGUCGAGUACCAUCUCAGUGGUGAAGAUUCUCAGGGUGUUGAGGGUACUAAGACCUCUAAGGGCCAUCAACAGAGCCAAAGGGUUAAAGCAUGUGGUCCAGUGUAUGUUUGUGGCCAUAAAGACCAUUGGUAAUAUUGUCCUGGUCACCAUGCUCUUAGACUUCAUGUUUUCCUGCAUUGGAGUGCAGCUCUUCAAGGGCAAAUUGUACUCUUGUACGGACCCCCUUCAAACGACAGCAGAGGAGUGUCAGGGAACAUUUUUAAAGUAUGUUCAAAACUCUCUUCAUGACAUGGAGGUCCAUCAGCGCAAGUGGGUCAACAGCGAUUUCAACUUUGACAAUGUGCUGAACGGCAUACUGGCUCUCUUCACCAUCUCCACAUUUGAGGGCUGGCCAGAGAUCCUAUAUAGGGCUAUAGACUCAAAUGCAGUAGACACAGGCCCUUUGUACAAUAACCGGGUGGGCAUCUCCAUAUUCUUUAUCAUCUACAUCAUCAUCAUCGCCUUCUUCAUGAUGAACAUCUUUGUGGGCUUCGUCAUCGUCACUUUCCAAAAACAAGGAGAGCAGGAAUACAAGAACUGCGAGCUGGACAAGAACCAGCGUCAGUGUGUACAGUAUGCACUGAAAGCACGGCCCCUUAAAUGCUACAUCCCGAAGAACCCGCACCAGUACCGUGUGUGGUACUUUGUGACCUCCUGUUACUUUGAGUAUCUCAUGUUCUUUCUCAUCAUGCUCAACACGCUGUGUCUUGGAAUGCAGCACUGCAACCAGUCCGAUCACAUAACCAAACUCUCUGACACCCUCAACCUCAUCUUCACUGUCCUGUUCACUGGCGAGAUGAUCGUCAAACUCAUUGCAUUCAAAGCAAAGGGUUACUUUGGAGAUCCUUGGAAUGUGUUUGAUUUCGUCAUCGUGAUCGGUAGUAUUGUUGACGUGGUCCUCAGUGAGGUUGAUGCUGCGCUGGAGGCCAGUGGAGGACUGUGGUGUCUACACGGUUGUGCUGAAGUGAAUCCAAUGCAGGCAAUAGCUGAUGCAGAAAAUGUCAGAGUUUCCAUCACGUUCUUCCGGCUGUUCCGUGUGCUGCGUCUCAUUAAACUGCUCAAUCGUUCAGAGGGGAUCAGGAACCUUCUGUGGACCUUUAUUAAGUCCUUCCAGGCACUGCCUCAUGUGGCUCUUCUCAUUGUCAUGCUCUUCUUCAUCUAUGCUGUCAUAGGGAUGCAGAUGUUUGGUAAAGUUGCUCUGGUCGAUGGUACAGAGAUUAACCGCAACAACAACUUCCAAACUUUCCCUCAAGCUGUAUUGGUAUUGUUCCGUGUGGCCACUGGAGAGCAGUGGCCUAAAAUCAUGCUGGCCUCUAUGUACGGGAAGCUCUGUGACCCCAAAUCAGACUACGGCCCUGGAGAGGAGUACACCUGCGGCUCCAGCAUCGCUGUCUUCUACUUCCUCAGCUUUUACAUGCUGUGUGCAUUUUUGAUUAUCAAUUUGUUUGUGGCUGUCAUUAUGGACAAUUUUGAUUACCUCACUCACGAUUGGUCAAUCCUUGGCCCACAUCACCUGGAUGAGUUCAAGAAGAUCUGGGCAGAGUAUGACCCUGAAGCAACGGGACGAAUCAAACAUCUGGAUGUAGUUACUCUCCUGCGGAGGAUUCAACCACCGCUGGGUUUUGGUAAAUUUUGUCCCCACCGCUCAGCAUGUAAGCGCCUAAUUUCCAUGAACAUGCCGCUGAACAGCGACGGCACAGUGACCUUCAACGCCACACUCUUCGCAUUGGUCAGAACAGCUUUGAAAAUCAAAACUGAAGGAAACUUUGAGCAGGCCAAUGAGGAGCUGAGAGCCAUCAUUAAGUCAAUCUGGAAGAGGACCAGUAUGAAGUUGUUGGACCAGGUCAUUCCGCCCAUUGGAGAGGAUGAAGUCACUGUUGGAAAGUUCUAUGCAACCUUCCUGAUUCAGGAACACUUCCGCAAGUUUAUGAAGCGGCAGGAGGAAUACUACGGUUACAGGCCCACCAAGAAGAACGCUGAUGAGAUUAAGGCAGGUCUGCGCAGCAUCGAGGAGGAAGCAGCACCUGAGCUGCACAGGGCCAUCUCAGGUGACCUGAUCGCUGAGGAUGAGAUGGAGCGUGCCAUGGAGGCCGGAGAGGAGGGCAUCUACAGGCGGACAGGAGGUCUGUUUGGACUGAACAGAGACCCCUUCUCCUCUGAGCCCAGCAGCCCUCUCUCCACACAGGUGACCAGCCAGAGGCCCCUGCAGUUUGUGGAGACUCGUCUGGAGGAUGUAGAGUCACCUCCAGACUCCUUCUUCCUCCCGAACUCUGAGUUCUUCCCUGAUAACAUGCCAGCAACCAACACCAAUAACAAUGCCAACUUCAGUGAAGAUAUGUCAUCCAGGUUUACAUUUGAAAGCGAGUCACUGUCACCUGCUGCAACCAGAAACUAUUCAUACGAGGACAUAUGUGAAAAGAGAGACUCCAGUUUGUAUGUGGGCGGGGCCUCAAGCGCUGAUGACAGACGGCUGUCAGAUUUCACUGUGAGGACCGAUAUCACACAGUUCCCCUAUAACCCCUCAUAUGGAGCGUCAAAGAACCAGAGAGAAGCAACAGAAGCUUCACCAGCCACAGACAAACUCAUUCAGCAGGCACUGAGAGACGGUGGUCUAGACUCCUUGGCUGAGGACCCACAGUUUGUAUUUGUGACUAGGAAGGAGCUGGCAGAAGCCAUUAAUAUUGGUGUGGAGGAUAUGGAGGGCAUGGCUCAGAGUAUUGUUAACGGGCAGAGCGGCAAGGUAACAAAACGUAAACGCCGUCCCAUCCCAAUUCCACCCGGCACCAAGUCAACCAAACCCAAGGAAAACACUAGUGCGGUGUAGUAACACACUGAGAGACAUUCAGCAAAUUCAUAAGACGUCAUCAGCCUAAGUCUUCUGCCAUUGUCCAAAAUCACUUACUUCAGUUUAUGAACAAGUAGUGCACUGGUUGAUUUGAAGGGUACUUUUUUCAAAGAUGGUAAGAGAAAUAACAUAUAAAAAAAAGGACGCCUGUCUGAACAACGUUACUGCUAUUUAUAUGAAGUCAGGUGAUUUUUAUUUCUGAUGGCUGUUCUGAUUUAGGAAUUUACCAAACAUCCUCAAUAAAUUUGUUCACACACUGUUCUGUGAACAUUUACAUUUGAGUGAGUUACAUAACACAGACAAAUGCCUAAAAACGUUGUAAUCUGUGGACAUAGAGCCACAAAGGCAAGUCUUUUCUUUGGUUUGUCUGCCACAUGUACCUGUGGUUUAAACCUUUUUGUAUUUAGUUAUAAAAUACUGAAUGGAAGGAUUAUCAUCCUGACAUCUUGUUUACAAGAAAAUAUUUGGCAGUUUUUAAAGAAGAAAUUUAGAAGAAAAAAAAAACAUACUGUAUACAUAAAGCGUACUGGUCCUAAAAAGAAAUUCGAUUUUAUUUCAUUUUUUAUCUAAUUUAAAUGGAAAAUGUUUGCAUGAUUGUGAUUGACAGGACAAAUACAAUAUGCAAAACACUUAAUUUGUGUUUUUACAUUUACUCACUUAGUAAAUGCUUUUAUCCAAAGUGACUUACAAAAGAGGCAGGAAGGGCUUAUAAUGUCCGAUAAAGGCUUAAUGAAUUGAUUUUUAUUUGCAAAUUGAAGUACAUAUUCAUAUGUUUCACAUGAGCCUUUACAUUCUUCAAAAGAAUCUUCCUCAGUGCUCAUAAUGGGAUUGAAAAUGAAAUGUCGGCCGUUGGCUUAUACAUGGAGUAACUUCCCCUUUUUUCUGGAGUAUGCAAAGGAUAAAGGAUUGUUUUUUUUUCAUUUACCGGCUUGUAUAUUUGUUGUAUAGUACAGCUGAGAUGGAUAUAGGACAGUGGGGAUGGGAUCAGUGCGUGACGCAGGCUGGAUUUAAAUUGUGUCCCCAUGAGAAUGACUAGUUUUUGUGUGUGCACUACCCACAGCCACUGACACAUUUUUUGGGCUAGAGGAGUUUUCUAGGGACAUUAGAUGUAGACAUUUACAUGUAAAGCAUGCACAGCAAAAAUACAGUGCAGAUACUUGACUAAAAUAACACUGAAACAUGUUUUUUUUAAAAACUGUUGCUCUAGAAGUUUUUCACUGAGCAACAAUGUACCUGUUUUUUUAAUCUUCUCAAUGUAGCAGCAGAAGUCCUCAUAUAAAAUCAUUUUGCUUGUGACUUCACUGAAUAUUGCAAAGUUGCACCUUUUCAGAGUAUAGCUGAACUUUAAAAGAAUGUGUUGACCGAUGCCACAGAUAGACGUCUUAAAGCUGUAUUUUCUCUUGUAUAAUGUCUGAUCUGUCAUUUCUGUUCAGCACAUUUUUAUAUUUCAUUGCAAAGUACAAAAUUUUGUUGAUGGAUUUGGGUUGUUUAGAUACACACGUUUUCCCUUUCCACCUCAGCCUGUGUGUGUGUCUUGCAAAUGAAUAUGUAAUGAAGUUAAAGUGCAAUUUAAUAAACAUGAAAGAGAUGUU